AUGAGUGGCACGAGCGACAAGCAGCAGCGCAAGACAAUCGCCGAGUGGAUCGACAAGCUACAAGCGCGGGACACGGAGAAGCAGGCCUUCGUCGCGCUCGCGUACGUUGUUCAUGCGGCGACAAAGGCGACUGACGCCCUCUGUAGAAGCGCGAUUCCGCAUCUCGCCGCCAACUCGGUGCCCAAGGUCUUACUCGACCUCGAGCGCAAGCACCCGGAUCCGGUCUUGAUGUCAACGCGUGAAAACGUCGUGCUCUUGAUCGAGCUCAUGUGCACGACGCAAGCGCCUGCGUGCGCCAAGCUCCGCAACAGAAUAACCGCCUACUUGAACCGGCGUCUGCGCGACAAGCGAAGCAAGGUGACAGACGCAUGCGUUGGUGCGGCCGGCGCGCUCGCGCUGCAUGCGCUACCGUUCUUGCCGCCGUCCGAGCUCGAGACGAUUGUCCAGCCAUUCUGGACCGAGGUGCACAUCAUGAACGACGGCGCAGCGCGCUGCCUCGGCGCCAUCUUCUAUCCCUCCAGCGGAGACGCCGCGCUGCUCGCAGCCCACGCGGCACGCGCGAUGGGCUAUUUAAUCUCUUUUUUGCCACAACUGAUGGCCAAGUUGCACGGCAAGAUUUACGCAACAUACUCGCCGAUCUUUCACAUCCUUCUGCGCAUCGUCGUUCUAAUUCAAGACGUUCCGGCGUGCGUCGAGCUCGCGACGGCGAUGGCCGACGCCAUCCCAAGCCUCGUCACCGCCAUCGACGACGUCCUACACGUUGGCCAACGCGACGACUGGCUCAAUCGCAAGCGCGGAUUGGACCUUCUUGGCGCCCUCGUAGCUUGCUUUGGAAGCCACACCACCGUCGUUAGCCUCCAGGCAAAGCUCAUGCAAUUGGCCGAGCGGGGUCGGUCCGACUAUGCGUCACCUGUGCGGGAAAGCGCGUCGGCGCUGUUGACGCACCUCGGCCCGCUCCUCCGAACGAGCCAGCCAGACCACGGGAGCACGGAUGUCGCGUACGCUGCACUCCACCCGGUGCGGCCGUCGAGCCCGAGUCCGCCGAGCCCGGCACGAUGGGUCUCGUCGAGUCCGUCCAAGCCGACGUCGUUCAAAAAGCCAUGAGUUCCACGGCGCCGCUUGUCGACGCUCCUCGCCCCAUUCUCGUCGCUCGCGAGGACAACCAGACGAGCCAGGCGUUUGCCGACAAUGCGCGGGUCGCGAUGGAAGAAGGCAAUAUGGAGCUCGCGCUGCGCAUCGCGCUGCUCUCGGAAGACCACAGUUUGCUCUGGAAGGUGCUGGCGUUCGCGCAGCCGUCCGUCGCGCUGCUGCGAAAGACGACGCUCGACGCGCUCUGCAUGUCGUUUGUCGACUAUUUGGCGGCGCCCGAGAAGGCCGACGUGAUCUUCCCAUGGAUCUCGUGCCUCGUCAAGCUCGACGGCUACGUCAACCUCGUCGACGCGCGCGUGCUGAGGGAGCUCAAGACGCAACUCGCCAACUUUGCGGCGCCGUCGGCCAAAGAGAGCUUGAUUGCAGCCCGGCUGUACGAAGAGCUCGUGCCCUCGCCGAUCGACGACGAGUAGAAGCGUUGGAUAGAUGAUGAUGGUAGUCGGAUGACGUCAACACGAUUCCUAUCUCGUC